AUGUUCACGCCGGUCGAGACGACUGUUGGAGCAUUGCUGCUACAUCAGGCAACCAGCAAUCUUCUAUACCAGAAUGGGAACAUAUUGGGACUGAGCGGGUACCUGCGCCAGCUUCUUUCGGCGCCCACCAAGGAGCAGGUUGCCUUUUUCACUGGCAUGGCAGCUAGCUAUGUUCCCUUGAAAGCCCUAGCGCCACAGCUAAUGACCGUCUAUCCCGUGGUACAGUUGAGCCCCAAGACGGCUAUGGCGACAGCUGCAGUGGGCGCGUUGAUUGGGUGGGGAACCAAGAUGGCCAACGGCUGUACUUCUGGACACAUGCUUUGUGGUCUUUCGCGGUUGAGCGGACGUUCUGCAACUGCGGUUGCCGUAUUCUUCCCCACUGCCAUGAUCACUCACCACCUGGCCAACCCGACACUUUCCACUUCAGUAUGCGCAAGCGAUGUGCCGUGCUACACGCCUGUAUACCCAUCGACAGAAGAGGCCAUAUCUCUUCUGAUGCUAGCAGGAUCCAUUGUCAUGGCGGCACGAACGAUACCUCAUCUCGCGGCUCUAGCCACCAGCUCUGGUGACACCAAGGAGGAAGCUGGUGAACCGCCCAACGCCGCACGCAAUACAACGCAGUUUUUCGCUGGUCUUUUGUUUGCCCUUGGCCUCCAGAUAUCACAGAUGGCACAACCGGCAAAAGUUGCUGCCUUCCUAUCUUUUCCAGUCUUGCAACACUGGGAUCCAUCUCUUGCCCUGGUGAUGAUAUUUGCAGUGCUACCGAACCUGAUUGAAAAUCGGAUCAAAGGGUUCAUGAAGCCGCCGUCAUUUGCCGAACGAUUCGCGUUGCCGACGAAAACAGUCAAGGACAUUGAUAAGAGGUUUUUGAUGGGGGCUGUCGCAUUUGGUAUUGGGUGGGGUCUAGCAGGCGUCUGCCCAGGGCCAGCUGUGAUCAGGGCUUUCUACCAGCCCGUCUGGGGUCUCCUAUGGAUUGGCGGGUUCUGGCUUGGUGGCAAAGUCAAUGUCUGA